AUGAUGAUGAUGAUGAUGAAGAACCCCAUCAUUCUGGUGACCUGUGUCUUGCUUUCCUCAUCGCUCGCUGUCCCGGAAAUUCUUUGUAAGCAGGGUACCCUUGGUCCAGAUGACUGCUGUUUACGGUUCUUCUCCACAAGGUUGCCUAAGAACAGUGUGGUGAGCUACAAAUAUACAGAGAAGGGGUGUCUACAUAAAGCCGUGCUUUUUACGAUGAGGAAUGGUGCCAAAAUCUGUGUCAACCCAUCUGAGAAGUGGGUCAAGAACAUCAUCAAGACCAAACACUGGAUCCAAAAAGUGAACAGCUCUGGAUCCAAACAGUCCGACCUACCCAAUGUAUGUUUUAUCACUACACUCUGAAGCUCACUUAGCCAGGCAGAAGUGGAA